AUGCCUCAACCCGUUUCUGCUGUACGGCUCUUAGAAUCGAGCUGGGAUGAGGUGGAACAGAGUGGAAACACUUCUGGGCCAGCCGUUUACUGCCAACGAAAGGCCGCGCCUGGAAAGGAAACGUGCGUCGAAUGUUGCCCAAGUGCAACACGUUCAGCAUAUUCCAUAGUGUUCCUCGAGCUGCAAAGAAGCUCCACCUGGUCGUUGACGCCUUCCAGAUUUCUUCCAUUGCCUUGCACCGGGAAGGAUGUAACUCGGCCGGAGGCAUUGAGGAGCUUCCACGCGAGUGUCAGGGACACCAUUUGGAACAAUUCAUCGCAUGGAAGCUUGGAAGGAUGCACAGAAGCGUGUGCGUCUUCGGCUGA